AUGGCUUCAAACAUUAUCAGAUUUGAACAUGCAAGUGCCUCAUCUCUUACACUGAUUUUGGGGUCGGAAGAUCCAUCCCCAGAAAGUGUCAUGGGCUAUACCUUAUGGCAUCGCAAAGCUGAUGAUAUGAACUAUCCAGAAGAACCAACUUGUACAUUGUUAGCACCAAAUACAGGGUUUCUGCUCUCAGGUCUAACUCCGGCUACGAAUUAUCUUUUCAAGGUGGUUUGCUUUGAUGGUCAAGGAGAGUUGGGUACUUGUGAAGUUCAGUAUCGAACAGGUAGUUCUGGAGACGAAGCCCUACAUCCGAACCCAAAGCGUUUGGUAGAGAGAAGUCAAAGUCCGACUACCAAUUGUAGCAGUUUGUCUAAUCCUUCUUCAUUGGAAGAAAAACUAACAUUGGCAAGCCCUACAGUAAUGAGAAUGAAAAAACCCUAUUCAAAUGGCCAAACAAUCGAGGCGACAAGCGCUGAUAAUGGGCCAAAUACUCCUGUUAAGACUUGCAUGGAAUGUGUGCCUUUUGCAGGUAGUUCAGAAGCUGGCUUGCCUAUUACUCCCUGCAAAUUGGAGAAUAUCAAGGAUGGGCUAGUAAGGAAUAGUAGACCCAAUCUUAGCAACAAGGAUCUAGACGACGGGUGUGGGAAGGAAGAGGAACCCCAAGCUGGCAGCAAGUCAAAGAAGAGAAGUGGGGAAAGGCGAGAUGAGGUAUGUGCUGGAAUUGGUGACAAGGAUUUUGAGUACUAUGUAAAGGUGAUCAGAUGGUUGGAGUGCGAGGGGCAUAUCGAGACAACGUUUAGGCAGAAAUUCCUGACCUGGUAUAGCUUGAGAGCAACCUCACAAGAGGUGAGGGUUGUGAAAGUCUUCGUUGACACUCUCAAUGAAGAUCCAGCAUCUCUUGCAGCGCAGCUUGUUGACACGUUUUCAGAAGUUAUUUCAAGCAAGAGAUCCCCUGCCGUGCCAGCAGGGUUUUGCCUGAAGCUUUGGCAUUGAUGGAUUCACACAUGGGUCCUGGUUCCAUGGAAUGAAUUUUAACAUUCUUGUUUUAGACUAUCCAUCAUUCAUAUUUAAUCAUUGGGAUUUGCUCAUUGUCUUCUCAACCGGAAAGCAUUAAAGUUCAUUUUGUUUUAUACAUCAGUUCCCGCCUCAUUCACAGAUAUGCUAUAUUUGGCUAGUCAUUCAUCAUAAAAAUUCUUAUCAUACUAACAUUCUGAGUUUAUGUAUUAUUCCACAACAAGAAGAAAAC